GCCCCGGUGUGCAGUGUGUUUUAUACUACUUCGACUCGCUCGUGCCAUAUAUAUUAUUGUUUGUUCUACGCCGUCAUAUCAGAGUUUGCUCUUGCCGAAAAUGUAUCUGUACGAAGACAUGAUGUUCGAGGCUGCGCAGGCUCAUCUGCAAAAGUUCAAGACGGACGACGAGCGACGCAAGGAAUUUUUCCACCUGGUGCAUCGUAGCGCGAUGGACACGGAUCAACUGCUGAGCUUGUUGCACGCGACGUUCCCGGACGUGAGCCAGCACAGCGAGCUGCUGAGUCGGGCGAUCGACAGCGACGAUCGUCGCGUGGUGGAAUUUCUGGUGCGCCACGACGAGCUCGUGCGCGAGCUGAAGUUCGAGGACGGACGCUCGGCCUAUCAUCACAUCAGUCUGUACGACAAAACCAGGCGCAUGUUGAAAUUGUUCUUCGGGCACGUUACCGCGGACAAUUGCCGCUACGAGAACGGCUUCACGUACUUUCACGGCGCUUGCUGGGUGGGCAACGUCGACGCGGUACUGGCCAUGAUCGCCAAGAAGCCCGAGGUCGUCAAUCUCGACUCGUGGAUGUUUACGCCGCUGUUCGUCGCCUGCCGAUUCAGGCACGAGAGAAUCGUCGAGAUCCUGCUGGAGCACGGCGCGGACGUCCACGGCGAGGACAUGGUGGGGAGAACGGCUCUGCACGCUCUGGCGUUGAUCGUCGCGUGCGACUGUCGCGUCGACGCCAACUCGAGGGCCGCGUCGAUCUGCGGCAGCAGAAAACCCCUGGGUAAAAUGGUCGAGAUGCUCCUCGAGAAGGGAGCCGACGUCAAUGCGUGCCCGCGACUGGCGGAGAGUCCUCUGCAGAUGGCGGUGUCGUAUUUCGACGCGGAACUCGCGAAGAAGCUCUUGGAUCACGGCGCGAGCCUCGACGGUUUGAAGAAGGACGAGCUAUUCGCCCAGGAGUUCACACCCUUCGAGGUGCAAAACUUUCCCUUGACUCUGGACAUCGUCGAGACGGUGAACUUUUUGAAAUCGGUCGGCUUGAAGUGGGACUUGCGAGAUCAACUCCGGAUGCUGCGGUAUUGGAUGAAGCUACGAAGACAAGAGCCCGACCGUGCAGUGGUAGAUUUCGAUAAAUGCAAAGACGGCGCCGAGAUGCUCAGCAAGGAUGUAUUCAACAUUUAUGACAAGUUAGAAUUUCACAUGAAACCAAAAACUGAGACGCACUUGCGGCAGCAACACGAGAAAUGCGAAUUGCUAAAUUUGCGCAUCACGUACUUCGAUUUCAUGAGGUACGAUCUCGCGCUCGACAAGGAAGCCACGAUGUUGGAGGGCAUUCGGGUGAACGAGAACAUCUCGCUCUAUCAAAUUUGUCAACUGAAUUACGAGCAGGCCUACGAGAUUUUGAGCGAGAUCUUGAAAAACACGAAGGACUGGCGAGUGCCGGAACUGCACGACUUGCAUCUGCUCAAGCCGAUCGUAAAGAGACGAGUGGCGGAUAUUUUGAUCAGGCGGCAUUUGGAAACUUUCUUUAUCGAUCUUGAAUCGACCAAGCAUCGCGAAUCGACUAUGUCGCGCGACGAUUUCAAAAAGCUUACCAGAACUAUAAACUACGAUGACUUGUAUCGGUACUGCGAGGACAAGGAUGAAAGUGAUCUACCGGAUUGCGUAUCGAUACCGACAAAAAAUGCGAUCAAUGUUGCAAAUAAUUCGUAAAAACAACGACAUUCGUAUCUCGUACGAAAUUUUUUGAUAAUUUUGUACCACGUGUGAAUAAUUAAUAUUUAGAUAUGUACUGGUCAAUCGCGCAUUUUGCUAUAGAUGAAUAGUAAAAUGGAAUUAUUGUUACUCAGCUUUGUAUACUAGAAAUGUAAAUAUUUUGACCUAGUGGAGUGGAAACUCUAGUUGCAGAAUGCUGAGCAAUUUCAAUAAACCGAACGUUAGUGAUAAUACUA